AUGACCCCCGGAGUUGACGCCCCGUCUCCCCGAUCACAUAUCGUUCACAAUACAACACGCCAUGUACGAACACACCCCAUGUUAAGUAGCAAGCCUUACCAGUGCCAACGGUGCCCGAGGGCAUUUGCUCGUCUGGAGCAUCUCCAACGUCACGAUCGGUCACGUAAGAUCCCAUACCACCACUUUGGAGCCCCAAUUAAUAUCCCCACAGACACCAAGGAAAAACCAUUCGUCUGCGUCCAAUGCCCCAAGGCAUUCACCCGCAAGGAUCUGCUGGCCCGUCAUGAGCGUCUUGCCCACAACCCGGACGCAAGCCCGGCCAGCAAUCAAACACCAACACCCUCUCCCGCCCACCCCAUCUUGGAUGGGUUGGACACCUUGGCAUCAGUAGUCACAGACCAUGCACAAUCGAACAGGUCACUGCAGGGGGCCAAUGAGCACUUCCCGGCGUUAUCGCCGGCCGUGCACCAGACCCCGAUGCUAGGAGCUCAAUUGACCAGCACAGACACGCCCUCUGCAGGCCCCACAACUCCCAUCCCAGGCUCGGAUUUCGGGUAUACACUGGGUGGUUUUGCGCCUGGCUCCUACGAAGGAAAUGAUUUCACUUCUUUCUUGGACAGUGUCCCCCUGCCGAGUCAUCCGUUCUCUCCGGCCUAUCAGCCCCUGCCGCUGUUCCCACCGCUGCAUUUCUCCCCUGUUCAUGAUUAUGAUCAAAGCUCGGAUAGGGUCGCUUUGAGUGAGACUGCUUCUUCUACUCCUUCAAGCUCCGUACUCCCCAGACAUGGUGCUCAAUUACCCUCCCUCCAGCCGGAAGGGUAUCAAGCUUCCGGCAAGGCGCGUCAGCCUACCGGGUUCGUGCCCGUGACGGCACAAUGUCGGGAAAAGUUCCUCUUCAUGCUCUCCGAGUAUGCCAAUGUGGUUCCGAAUCCGUCCCUCCCAUCUCGACAUGCGCUCUCUCGAUGCUUGACCGGUUAUCUCACCGGCUUCCAUGAUCAUUACCCGAUCGUCCACAUCCCGACCCUGGAUGUGGAGGCAAUGUCCCUGCCACUGUUUCUUUCCAUGGCCGCACUUGGUGCACGCUAUUGUCGGGAACCGGAAACCAGCUACAAUCUCUAUCAGAUUGCCAAGCCGGUGACGCUGGAGCAUGUCCGUCGAGUCUUCCUCUCCGGUGUUCUACCGCCCGUCAAUGUGGCCGACGAUACCGACACACUUGAAACAUUGCAAGCUCUUUUGUAUUUGACUUCAGUCUCCGCCUGGUUCAUCAACAAUCCUCCCUACCAUGAGGCGCUAUCCAUUCGCAGCCAUAUGGAAACGCUUCUACGGAAAGGAGGACUUAAUAAACUGCCCGAGUGUGAUGGAACCUGGGCCAGUUGGAUUCGACGGGAAUGCGUCAAGCGCACAAAGCUCAUCGUGUUUUGUUUCUUCAAUAUCCACACCAUCGUCUUCGACGUCCCGCCUGUGAUUCUCACGGAAGACUUCACAGUGGAGCUGCCCUGCACCGAAAAGGAAUGGCAAGCCCCUCGUGCAGAUCUUUGGCAAGUCGAGCGAAUGAAAAGUCCCGGCGAACCAGAAUUCCAGGACGCGCUAUCUUCCCUAUUCGAACCAAACAGCAACGUCCAGCGGUUUUCCUCGCUUGGUGGCUAUGUCCUGAUCCACGCGAUCCUACAGGAUAUCUGGCUCAUGACUAAAGCGGGUCGACUGCCAGUAUCUCGACGAAAUCGAUUCAGUCCAUCGUCAAUAACAUCCACUCCGGAGCUUGUCUCGGUCGAACAAGCACUGGAGCGUUGGUGCCAGUGUUGGGAACGCAACCAAGAAUCCUCCGUCGACCCACUCAGUCCUCACGGCCCACUGUCCUUCACAUCUGCAGCUUUACUUCGUCUAGCAUACAUCCGACUCAACGCCGACUGCGGCUCCGCCCGUCAGCUGCAAACAUGGGACCCGGUCCAAAUCGCAACCAGUCUACGUGAAAACCUGUCCGUACGACGCGGAGACCGCCUCACCCGCGCUGCGCUCCACUGCGCACACGCUCUCAGCACGCCCGUGAAACUUGGUAUUGGCUUCGUGGCUCACUCGCAGGUCGCGUUGUGGUCCAACCAGCAUGCGUUAUGUUCGCUGGAAUGCGCAGUCCUGCUGGCCAAGUGGCUUGAAGCCGUGACUGUGCCUCAUCCCGACCCACAACUCUCAGAGCAGGAGAGUCGUCUGCGAGACUUCGUCCUCGAGAUGGUCAUGGAAGUGCAGCAUGGUGUUUCGCGGGAAUGGCUUCUUGCAACAAAUACCCGCCUCAGUGCCGCUGUUACCCGGUUGUGGGCGCGGCUGUUUACGGCGGAUUAUAUUUGGGAAAUGGUUGCUUUGAUUGGAAGGUCAUUGAACAGUUAUGCAGAUUUACUGGAGCAAUGA